AUGACCAAUUCAAAGCAGAAAAAUUCAGCCGUGGACCUGAUUGCCGGCGGAACGGCAGGCCUGUUUGAGGCAUUGUGCUGCCAUCCUCUAGAUACCAUCAAGGUGCGGAUGCAGCUGUACCGAAGAGCUGCUGGUUUGACCAAGAACAACAAACCCCCUGGUUUUGUCAAAACGGGGCUGAACAUUUCGCGCAAGGAAUCACCAUUGGCCCUGUAUAAAGGACUGGGUGCGGUUGUAAUUGGAAUCGUACCCAAAAUGGGAAUUCGCUUUUCGUCUUACGAAUUUUACCGCACAGCACUCAAGGAUUCAACGACCGGAAAGGUGUCCACGGGUAACACGUUUCUGGCAGGAGUAGGCGCUGGAAUCACCGAGGCGGUGUUCGUUGUGAACCCAAUGGAGGUGAUCAAGAUUAGACUGCAGGCUCAACAUCAUUCUAUGACAGAUCCAUUGGAUAUCCCCAAAUAUCGUAACGCUGCUCAUUGCUUGUUCACUGUGGUUCGUGAAGAAGGCUUUGGCACGCUUUACCGUGGAGUUGCAUUGACUGCUGCUCGCCAAGCCUCCAACCAAGGUGUCAAUUUCACCGUGUAUUCCAAACUACGCGAACACCUCCAGUCAUACCACGGAAGUGAAAAAUUACCGGGCUGGGAGACUUCGCUUAUUGGUCUGUUUUCCGGUGCAUUGGGACCUCUUUCCAAUGCUCCACUCGAUACUAUCAAGACCAGAAUGCAACGCGAAAGUGGAAAAAGCACCGAAGGUGCUGUUGCACGAGUCACUCGCAUUGCUUCAAGGUUGAUCCAAGAAGAAGGAGCUGCUGCUUUAUACAAGGGUAUCACUCCACGGAUCAUGCGUGUUGCUCCGGGACAAGCUGUGACAUUUACAGUGUAUGAGUAUAUGAAGGGCGCUUUGAAUAACAUGCCAUAUAUCGGUUCUCAGGUUGCGGUAUUUGAUGAGUGA